UUCUCUCUCUCUCUCUAUUUCUCUUUCUAUAUGUUCUUUCACCUCCAACACACAAACCAAUCUCACCAUCUUUCAACUCUGGCACACCCUCCACUUGUCCGUACGAUUCCACGCUUCUGUUUCUGUUCUCUUCUGUUGCCUCUCUUCCGAAAAAACCCCAAAUGUAAUGUGAAGAUUCUGAGUUUCUUUCUACCUUUGCGUUAAAGAACAAAGCUGGAAUUCGAGUCACGUGAGUUUCUUCUUUUGGUUCUUGAAUCGUAUUAACACUUUUGGAAACCAAAAUAAAUAAGAAAAGAACGAAAGGGAAAAGAGGUAGCUUUGGGUUUCGUUUUGGUGUUUAAUUCUCUGCAAAUUUUCAAAUGGGUAUGAAAGCUCCGUGUGAAUGAGAAUGGAAACAGGGGCAUCAGAGGCAGAGCUCCUUUUAUGGCCAUUGCAAAUGGUAGUUGGGUGGCACACAUGAUACUCGUACAUAUAUGUAUCAUAUGUUGCAAUACACACAAAUGUAUUCAGUUCCAAACUUGGGAAUCCAAAGCCACCCAGAAUCAACCCAAAAAAUGAACCAUCUCUGCUCUGGAUUAUCCGCCAACAGCAAACCCACAAAUCCGGAAAUAUGUAAUUUUGUUGUAAAAAACAAAAAGGACCCAGAUUCAGAAUCAGAGCUGAGCGCUUGGUUAGAGGCUUUAAUGGUGGUGGGAGGACCCCAGUAGACACGUGGUGGUGUUAAUUAAGGGAUUCUGAAACGACAGAUAGCUUUCACUAGGUGAGGCUAUCACUCUCUCUACACUCUGGCAGGAGCAGCUACGCCGUUGUAGGGUACCAUACUAGUAGUAGUAGUAGUCACAGCCUGUAUGGUUCGUUUUCCACUUUAUAUUUCUCGUAAUUCGCCAUUAAUGCGUUUAGAAAAUUGCUUCAGAAAGCGUAUCACUGAGUCUGUACGGUCCCAAUGCACUCCUAUAUAUCUAUGAAACCAUUACUUUAUGCGUUCUGAACCCUCCGCCAAUUGGUGAAAGAUUUUCAGAGAUUAAGUUAAAGAAGUUAUUGAGAUUUUGGAGAAACCAAAAGAGUUUGCAAAAGAAGCACAACACUAGCGUCUUGUUUCCCGGGCCGCGCCGCUCGUGUUUGUCGCUCGUGCGCUGCAAAAUCUUCACCGAAACCCAGAUCUCGAGAGCCCCUACAUUACGGCUUCAGUUGAUGAGGUGUUAGGGGGUGCGCAGCUUUACAAUUCUGCACACCCCUCCUCUUUGUUCUUCUCCAUCACCUUUCCUUUCUCCGCCAUUUUCUCCCUGCAAUGCCAACCCUUCAAUUUAUAGUGGGUUCAAUGCAGAGCACUUGGAGGUGUUGAGGUGUUGUGGCUUUGUUUUUAUAUGUGUUUAUGCGUGAACUUUGACCUUUGGAGGUGUUGCACAAGCCACAAUCAUAGGGGGGUCGGUAAUUGUGUUGAAUUGUGCUGUUGCUUUGCAUUGAAAUCGAGGUACAGUCUUCGAACCUUGAAGCUUUGGUCUCUGUUUCCGGCAUUUGAUUAUUCUGCGAUUUCUGGGUCUUGGGUAUUCUUUUUAUAUCUGUAUUGGGAUCCCAAUUGGAGCUUUAGAAUAUGCCAAGAACGCUAGUCAUUGCUAUUGUCAUGAGAUUAUUGGUUCUUCAUGGUUAGUUCCUCGUUCCCACCCCUGCAUUUGAAAACCCAUUUUUUAUUUCUAUAUUUAGUUUAAUUGCUUGCUGUGGGUGGCGUCUUGUUUUUUGGCUUAUUUAGUGAGUGAAACUCGGUCCGUGAAUUGGGGUUUGGAUGGGAUAUAAAGGGUUCUGAGUGUUGAAUGAUACAUAGGGGUGGUGAUAGGAGAUUGGUUUUUGAUGUGGAAUAUUGGUACUGAAAGACAUGUUGAGGUCUGAUGAGGGAGAAGAUGAUGUGUUCUUUGAUUCUAUGGAUCACCUGUCAUGUGAAGAGUCUGUUCGUGCUAAAGAGGAGUUAGGCUGUGGUAAGUUGGAUUAUGAAAUUUGGAGGAAUGAGCCACGGAGUGUUAGGGAAAGAAGGGAAAGUUUUCUACGCGGAAUGGGGUUUGUUGAAUUUGUUCCUGAGCAUGACAAGCCCUUUGGAGACCCUCCAGAGAUGGUGGAAUUGGGAAGGAUUACAGAAUGCAGCGGAGCAGUCUCGAGUUCUUCGGUUUCAUCGAUUAAUUGUACAGAGGAAAAUUCAGUUUGUAGCGGAAGAGAAGGGGAUGUUGGAGCCAAUUGUAUGGUUGAUGCAUUGAACCAACAGCAGUCAGAGAAACAGAAUAUAGAUUUUGAGGGGGAGACUCGGGGGCUUUUGCCUUCUGCCCAAGAGUUUGAAUGUAAUGAAGGGCAGGCUUGUGUAGAAGGAUGCAAGAAUCUUGGUAUGGAUAAGAAAACAAGGAGUUGGUGGAAACGCUUCAUAAGCAAGAGGAAAGGAAGAGAUGCUGCCUCUGCAUCUCAGGUUUCAAAGCAAACUUCUGAAACACCCAAGAUAAAUCAAAUGAAGGUGAGGCAAAACAAGAAGAGGUGCAUGGAAUUCACUGCACUCUGUAUUGGACAAGAGAUUCAAGCUCACAAGGGCUUCAUCUGGACGAUGAAGUUUAGUCCAGAUGGCCAGUAUCUGGCCAGUGGUGGUGAAGAUGGCGUGGUUCGCAUAUGGUGUGUUACAUCAACAGAUGCCUCUUGCAAAUAUCUUACCACCGAAGGUAAUUUUGGUUGUGAAGUUAAAGACGGCAAGUCCAGUUUUGGGAGGAAAAAGCCAAGUUAUGCUCCAGUUGUUAUCCCUGAUAAGAUUUUUCAGAUUGAGGAGUCGCCACUGCAAGAGUUCCAUGGCCAUGCCAGUGAUGUCUUGGAUCUGGCUUGGUCCAAAUCUAAUUCUCUCCUUUCCUCUUCCAUGGAUAAAACUGUUCGGUUAUGGCAAGUGGGGCAUGACGAAUGUCUUAAUGUUUUCAGACACAAUAACUAUGUGACAUGCAUUCAGUUCAAUCCUGUUGAUGACAAUUAUUUCAUAAGCGGUUCCAUAGAUGGAAAAGUUCGAAUUUGGGGAGUGUCAGAGAGGCGAGUUGUUGAUUGGGCUGAUGUUCGAGAUGUGAUAACGGCUAUAUGUUACCAGCCAGAUGGAAAAGGCUUCAUAGUUGGUUCUGUAACUGGCACUUGCUGCUUUUACAAUGCAUCAGGCAACCAUCUUCAGCUGGAUGCAAAGGUAAACUUCCAUGGUAGAAAGAAAACCUCUGGCAACAAGAUUACUGGCAUACAGUUUUCACAGGAAGAAUCUCAAAAAGUUAUGAUAACUUCUGAAGAUUCCAAGCUUCGGAUUCUUGAUGGGAUUGAUGUUGUCUACAAAUACAAAGGGCUUCGAAAGUCAGGAAGUCAGAUGUCAGCUUCAUUUACUUCAACUGGGAGACAUAUAGUCUCAGUUGGGGAGGACUCUCGUGUGUAUGUGUGGAACUAUGAUGGCUUUUGUUCCCAGUCAUCUAAACAAAUGAAAUCUGUCCAGUCCUGUGAGCAUUUCUUCUUUGAAGGUGUCUCUGUUGCAAUACCUUGGUCAGACACUGGAGCGGAGAAGAAGGGCUUAGGUAGUGACAGUCUCCGGCAAAGUCCGCCGACACAGGACCACCUAGAGGCUACUUCCUGGAUCAGAGAUUCCGAACGGUUUUCUCUUGGUAAUUGGUUCUCCAUGGAUGGCUCAUGUAGAGGUGGAGCAACAUGGCCUGAGGAGAAACUUCCCCUAUGGGGUGCACCAGAACAUGAUCAUCACCAUCAUGACCAUCAGCAGCAGCAACAACACAACGAUGUCCAGAACCAUAAUCACCUAGCUCUUUCUGAGGCGUGGGGCUUAGUGAUUGCUACAGCAGGUUGGGAUGGAACAAUCAGGACAUUCCACAACUACGGAUUGCCAGUCAGGCUUUAGAUUUGCAUGGAUCACAUGGUGACUCAGAAUCAGGGGACGUAUAAAGUUGACAAUGUGAUAUGCAUGCAAUUGCGAGCAUUGUCAUUUGUCGAUGAAGGUCAUAUGCUAGGAAGCUAUGAAGUUUAGCAGAUGUAAAUGUGUCCAUGGUGUCUAGUUCUUGAUAUCAGCCUGUAUCUUCCUGUCCCAAGCAUAUUCAAAUUUGGGCAAAAGAUAAUCUAGUCUUUGCCCUCCUUUUUUAGUUUCUCGUUCAUUUAAGUCAUCAGGCUCGAGCAGCCCAGAUAGUGGAUGCUGGCCAUGAUAUUUUCAUUUUUCUGUGAGUAAUACCUAAUUUUUGACAAACAGAAAGGAGAAAUACAGAAGGUGAUUCAAAGAAAUGGCAUUGAAUUCUUGUGCUACUCUCUGCUUCCA